AUGUGUGAUUGGUUUGCUGUUACAGUUGUACAUUCACUCGCCGGAAGAUCUGCCGUCAAAGAAAUCGAGAACGAUCCGAUACUGAAGGAAGUCGACAUAGAACAGAGGAAUUGCCGGUUUCCAGACGAAAACAACCUGAAGGUGUACGGCAUAUACAGUAACUCCGCGUGCAUUGUCAACUGCAGGGCCGAAGCUCAAAUGGAGAUGUGCAACUGCACUCCACACUAUUUGAGGAUUCCCAACACGCCCGUGUGUGGGAUCGAAGGACUCGGUUGCAUUACCAAACAUUCAGAGAUAUUUAGAGCGCUGAAAACGUACGAUUUCAAUAAACUCGGUCUUGUCUGCAACUGCGCAUCUAGCUGUACCGAACCGGAGUAUAAAGUCUUGUCUACCGAAAUCGGAUCGUUAAACGACGACGAAAACAGUGAAGAAGUCGCGUACGGUUCGAAGGUCGUGAUCGCUUUGGACAGACUGCCCAACGAAAGGCUUAAAAGAAACGUCGUCCGAUCCCGGAUGGAUUUGAUCGGUAGGUAUAGGCAGUAG